CAGGUCUCUGUGGUUCCCCCUCUUCGCAUUCUUCCCAACAUUCGUCUACUGCCCAUAAACACACAUCUUCAAUUACCCGCUAAAAAGUCAAGGAACGGUUGGAAGACGAAGUUUAUGGUUUUGGUUGGUGAUCGAUGGAUGAGAUGGCGGUGGAUGCGUCUAUGGAUGUAUCGGAGGUGAGAUCCGGGAGUUUAGGUGAGAAGAGAUCGUUGGAGGAUGUAAUCGAGAGGGAUUUGUGUAAUAAGAAGGCUAGAGGAGGUAGUGAUCGUGGAAUGGCUUUUGGUGUUAAGAAGGUGGCGGAGAUGGUGCUUGUUUUGGCGACGAUGGCGGAGAUGAGGGGUGGUCGGAAGCCUACGGCGGUUGAGGUGAAGAUGAUGGUUGAAGCGAGGGAGAAGUUGGCUGAGAUUUGUGAAGAAUUUGCUCCGAAAGCUAUUUUUCCUAGGGAGGCAUUUGGGACGAUUAUUGAAGAUUUAGGGCUUAACAGAUUGAGGGAAACGAAAUUAGGGAUUCGUCCCCCAAAGAUGUCGAUUGCUGAGAAAUUACAGCUUACAAAGCAAAAGAUGGAAAAAUCUGAGGUGUUUCCAAUACAUGCUGCUACUUAUACACCUCGGGUGGCUGAAUCUCGCUCAACAUCACAUUCUGUUCGAACGUUUCCAUCAGGUAAAGUGGAUCAUGCCCCUGUUUCUUCUGGAAGCUUCCAGCAUCAGUCAACGGUAGUUCAUGCUUCCCCGGUUUCCAAUUCAAGAACUUUACCAUAUCAAUUACCCACAAGUGAAAUAAGACCCGGGGGGUCCAAUGUCUUGCCUGGCAGUCAUCUUGGAAGGAAUUCUACUGCAUUGCCCAUUCCACAGGGUGGGAGACCACAUCUCAGAUCAGAGGAAAUAUCAAACGCAAAGCCGGCUGGAGAUCACGGAACAUCAAAUACUCCAACUUGGUCUGUCCAUUCUCAAUCUAUUUCCUUUGCAAAACCAGGAUCAGAUAAGGGAUCUGCUCAUUUGACGAACAUAAAUCAUCACGUUCGACAUCGAAUGAACUUUGUUCAAUCUCCUGUUGUUGGCACCCACAAUGAAAUCAGUAAAAUUGUUCAGAAAAUAUUACAGCCACAUAUGGCAGAGCGUGUCACAUGGACUCCUCCUUCAAGGGACUAUAUGAACAAGGCGUUGACUUGUCAAACAUGCAAGGGUAUGAUUAACGAAGUCGAUACCGCACUUGUUUGCGAUGCUUGUGAACGAGGGUAUCACUUGAGAUGUCUGCAUUGUAAUCCGAAAGCAAUUUGUGGAGACGAGUGGCAUGAAUGGCAUUGUGCAAAGUGUUUAGCAAUCAGCAACGGAAAACCUUUGCCACCUAAGUAUGGUCGUGUUAUGAGAAACAUAAGUACACCAAAAAUGUCUUCCGGGAUGUCGGGAGUUCAACCGUCUUUAGAGAAGAAACUGCAAUCAUCCGAUGAGAAAUUCAAUCAGCAACUGAUGACGGCAAACAGCAACCCUGGUUCCCAAAGUGUUCCUAGUGAAAUUAUGAGGGAUAACAACGGAUCAACGGAUAUGAAAAUUAAUGGAAUACGUGAAUGCGGAAUUGAGACGUCUUCUUCAGAAAAAUGUGAGAAGAAGUUGGAAUCGCAUAAGCCUGCGAAUUCUGAGGCGUUAAACAGUUUGUCGGACCAUUUACAACCCACUGGAAACCAUCAAGAUAAUAACCAGGAAGGAAUGUUAAGCACUACAGAUACCUUAGAAUGCAACCCAAAAGGUGAAAUCAGGGAGGAUGAGAAAGGAGUUGAGAAGGGUAAUAUGGUCAAAACAAGUGAAACUUGUACUCAAGUUGGGGAGGAGGAAGGUUCUUCAUCAAAUAGCAUGCAUGAUGUUGAAUGGGUCGGGGGUAUGCUAAAUGAAGAAGAUGGAAAAUCGUUUUAUCGGUCUUGCUGCAUAAGUGGAAUUGUAUAUCAACUUCAGGACUAUGCUCUAUUCAGCUCUACGGGCAACAAUCUUAUGCCUAAUAAACUACAAGGUAUGUGGGAAGAUAGUAAGACGAGUAAGAAGUGGGUUACUGUGACGCGCUGUUUUUUUCCUGGUGAUUUGCCUGAGGGUGUUGGCCGUCCAUGUGCUCCAGAAAGCAAUGAGGUAUAUGAAUCCAACCAUGAAACAACGUUAGCAGCUGGCUUGAUUCGUGGCCCAUGUGAAGUUUUUCCACCAUGCAAGCUUUCUGAAGAACGAGUGAUGCAAACUCGAUCAUGGACAACAACCAGUGACAAGCCAAAACCGCUUUUCCUAUGCAAAUGGUUCUACGAUGAGAAAAAACGGCUGUUUCGAGAUGUUACCUGUUAGCGCCAUGGCAGGUAAAAAGAUGUCCCUUCUGUAGCCUUGUUUCAUGGGUCACCUAAAAAUAUUUGGUUGGGUGAUCGACAAAUGUGGUUACUGGCUACGGUUCAAAACCUGCUCGCCCCUCGGGUUGGAUUUCAAGAACACCCCACGACAGCAUUCUUGAGGAGUUAGAUUGGACUGGACCGGUGUUUCGUAUACGUUUUUAUGGCUUGGAUGUAAUGAUUUCAACAACAAACACAUGUUUGGUAUUCCUACAUUUAACAUGAUAUUCUUGUAGUGGGUGUUUCCCUUUUUAACAUGUAUUGAAUCUUUUUAAUGGCAUUUGCUUGAAUCCC